AUGGUGCGCUCCAAAUACCACAUCCAGGGGCCCAUCUCCGACUCCUCAUCACCUAUCUCGAAGUCAUCAACCAUCUCACUAACCUCCAAAAUCCCGACUACAUCCGAGCCCAUCCACACCUCAUCCGCGUCAAGAAUUCAGUCCAAGGAAUCCACAGCAGCAGCAGAGCCCACUGAGCUGCUCAACAUCAACACCACCUUCGUCCCCGGAGACCGCUUCAACUUUGACUCCCUAAUCAUUUCCGUCCGCGACGGACGCCCGCUUCGGAGACCGAGCUCUUUGCCCGCCGUCCAAGGCAAGCAAGACACGGGGAUCGACUGGCUGCUUGCCAGGGUCAAGGGCGACCUGUCCGACUAG